GGACGAGCGGUUACGGACUACUGGCCUAAACGUCAACAGUUUCGUUGAUGGUCAUGUAACCUGUUCUACCGGCCUGAAUGUUUGAACCCGCAGCAAGAGAAGCUCAUAGAAUUAAUAUUUACUAUGCUGAAUGAAAAAGCUACAUUUGUUUUAUUUCCUUGACAAAAAUUGGAAAAUUACGUUUUACUGCUCCAGAGGUUUAUGCGGUUCUUGUGGAAUUUUUUCUUUUUGUGAACGUGGCUUUCAAACAAAAAUACACGAAUGCGUCGUCAGCGGAUUUGCUCAAACCCCAAAGAGUCUUGAGACUGGACAUUUUUCCUUCAACAAGCAACACCUUCAACAGAAAAGCUAGAACUUAUGGUGUGUUACAGGAAUUAAGCAGAAAAUGAUUGGUCGUCGUGGAAAAUCUUUCGCUCCUACUGUCUGCAUAGUUUGUGCUUUAGUUUUUGCUGGAUAUCCAUAUUAUUUGUAUACGGAACAGUACUCCAAGAAUAUUGAAUGUGAAGGCAGACUUGGAAUUUUAAAGAAAAAGCAAUCGUCUUUGAUCUCACAAUUACAAGUUGUUUAUGUUCAUCGAACAAAACUUGAAGAUGCACUUUUUAAGGAAAGAAAAUCCCAUAGAUCAACAAAGCAAGAUUUGAUUGGAAAAAUGAGAGAAUGCAAUAUGAAUCUGACAAGGGCCAAGCAUGAAUCAAUGAAUAGGUUUAAUGCAUUAGAUACUGAACACAAGAUGCUGCAGGCUAAGCAUGAAGAAAUAAAUACAGACUACUCUAAUUUGCAACAACAGUACGUAAGACUAUCAGAGGAUCAUCAGAAAAUUGUCAAUGGACAAAAAGAAGACUAUGAACGACUGAAAGAUACAAAGGAAAAAGAAUCAAGAUCCUUGCAAGAACGUGUGCAGACACUAUAUGACGAAAAAGAAGAACAGAAAACCGAGGCAGCCAAAUAUGUUGGAUAUUACAGGUCCGAAAGGAAUGAAAGGGUUAGAGUGACAAAUGAAAACCAGCGAAUUAAAGACGAUCUGACGAAGAUGGAAGAAGAAAAUAGCGCAUUAGAGAGUCAACGUGAAAAGCUGAAAGCACAGGUUAAUGAUGCCGAGAAGAAAAUCAAAGCUUUGAAGGAGAACGUUCUGCAAUUAGAAAAAAAGGUAAAGGAGCGGCCUAAUGGUGAAAGCGAUAAGGAAGAUCCUGUUGUUCAGACAAAUAUGGAGCUGCAGCCAACCAAAGCCACGGUUACUGAAAAGCAAGCUGUUUUAGAAAACAAGAAACGAUCUAAUGAUGGCAAAGAUGCAAAUAAUGGCGAAGAAGUUAGCCAGGCCAUAACAACUUCAAAGAUGAUAACUGCCAGAAUGAAAACAACCAUUAAAUCGGUCAAAAGAGAUGUGAAGUCAAAGAUAUUGGGGAAAAAUAUAAUGACAGUUAAAGGGUUGGAUUUGAAGCCGAGUGACAAAGUGCAAAGAAUUUUGAUUGGAAAAAAUGCGGAAAACAAAAGUUUGAAGAAGGAAGAUUCGAUCAUGGACGAAUACGAGGUUAGCGAAACCCCCAAACCGGUUGGAAGUGAGACUGAGCGAGGAUUUAAGUUCAAGCCUCUUCCAUUCGAAAAGGAUUCGGAAAAGGAAACGGAUUUCCAAAAAUUAGUGAAGAAGGGAGUGGUUACAAAUGAAAUGGCAACGGCCGAAGUAGAAAAACUUGCUUCAGAUAAGGAGGGAGUUUCAAUUAAGGACUCGGUGCAAGAAAUGCCCAAUAAUUUAGAUGCAAAUCUGGAGCAACAUUUAAAAGAAGAAAAGAAUGCGAUAGAUAAACGUAAUUUGCUUGAAAAAGAACGUGUUUCACAGUAUUCUAAGUCAAUAUCAUCGAAAAAAGGAUUGGAUUUGAGUAAGGAAUUGGACAUAGGUAAAAAAGUUGAUGGGAAGGGUGCUGACAAUGAAGUAGAGAGAGAGUCAAAAGACAAUGUAUUGGAAUCGAGUUUAGAGUCAAAUAUGAAUGAUCGUAAGGGCGUGGAUAUGAAUGAUGCGGAUAAGGCUGCUGACCUAAGUGAAAAUGAAAAGAAGGAAGUCAGUCAAGGUGAUUCGUUUUUAAGAAAGCAACAACAACUCAUGCACGGGCCGUUGGAGAAGCGAUCGAAAUCUAAAUGGCAGGAGAAAAUGAGCAAGUUGCAGCAAAUGAAGAUUCAAAAUCGGUAGGAGAAGGGAACGAGGAAAAACAUGAAACAGCAACAAAGAGUGUGGAUCAUCAAGAAACUAAAAUUGUUGAUCGAUCGAACGAGGAUGCCAAAAUGGCUGAAACAAAUGCUGGAAAAGGUUAUCCUCACGGAAGAAAUCAGCUUAA